GCAAAGAAAAGAAAAGAGGACAGGGGGAUCUAUGAAGUUCCUUCCUUCUUAUAACCCAAAAUAGCUAUAAGAAAAAAUCACUGCAAAAUCUCUCCAUUCAGCAUCAGGGUUCGCAGUUUUCGGAAUUCCGAAGAAUCAGAUUUGUGCUCUACUUCUACUAAGAGUGUAUAGCAGAAUGGGAAGCUCAGAUGGAGCCAAUUACAGAUCGUUCACAUAUGAAAGCCUCGAGAGAGAGCCCUACUGGCCCUCAGGAAAGCUCCGGAUAUCUGUCACAGGUGCCGGAGGGUUCAUUGCUUCUCAUAUAGCGAGGCGUUUGAAGAGCGAGGGACAUUACAUUAUUGCUUCGGACUGCAAGAAAAACGAGCACAUGGCUGAGGAUAUGUUCUGCCAUGAGUUCCAUCUCGUUGAUCUUAGGUUGAUGGAAAACUGCGUCAAAGUUACCGAAGGAGUUGAUCACGUGUUCAACCUGGCAGCCGACAUGGGAGGGAUGGGCUUCAUCCAGUCAAAUCACUCUGUUAUUAUGUACAACAAUACAAUGAUCAGCUUUUGUAUGCUUGAGGCAGCAAGAAUCAAUGACGUCAAGCGGUUUUUCUAUGCAUCGAGCGCGUGCAUCUACCCUGAAUUUAAGCAGUUAGAUACAAACGUGAGCUUGAAGGAAUCUGACGCAUGGCCAGCUGAGCCACAAGAUGCUUAUGGGCUGGAGAAGCUGAUGACUGAGGAGUUAUGUAAGCACUACACUAAGGAUUUUGGAAUCGAGUGCCGAAUAGGAAGGUUCCAUAACAUUUAUGGACCCUUUGGGACAUGGAAAGGUGGGAGGGAGAAAGCACCGGCUGCUUUCUGUAGGAAAGCCCUUACCUCUGCCGAUAAGUUUGAGAUGUGGGGGGAUGGCCUGCAGACUCGAUCAUUUACCUUCAUUGAUGAAUGCGUCGAGGGUGUUCUAAGGUUAACAAAAUCAGACUUUCGUGAGCCUGUCAACAUCGGAAGUGACGAGAUGGUGAGCAUGAAUGAGAUGGUCGAGAUUGUCCUGAGCUUUGACGACAAGAAACUCCCCAUCCAUCACAUCCCCGGACCAGAGGGCGUCCGUGGUCGAAACUCUGACAACACUCUGAUAAAGGAAAAGCUCGGCUGGUCCCCUUCGAUGAAACUAAAGGACGGGCUGAGAAUCACGUAUUUCUGGAUCAAGGAGCAGCUGGAGACCGAGAGAGCUCAGGGUGUCGACGUGUCUGCCUAUGGCUCCUCGAAAGUCGUGGGAACUCAAGCUCCAGUCCAACUCGGCUCUCUAUGCGCUGCUGACGACAAAGAAUGAGUUAGGUGAAAGUUAUUUAAUUUUUCUGCGCGCGCCGUUAUGCAUUAGACUUAGAAUGCAUGCUUUUUAUCCUUCGUUAUUGCCCCUGCUCACUUAUUUUUGUUCGAUAUUUAUAAAGGAAUCUGCCGGCAGAAUCUAUAGGUUAUCGACAUAUUUGUUUGCCGUGGCAAUAUAAGAACAUUGAUAAGUAUAAAUGGAGAGUAAAGGUUGCGGUUUU